AUGCAGCAUCUUUUGAAGACAAUAUUCAAUAUUUCUCACAGUACACUUUUAAUCCUUUUAUUCAUAGAAUUAGUAAUUGGAGUUAUAGGAAAUGGGUUCAUGGCCCUGGUAUACUGCAUGGAAUGGGUUAAGAGGAAGAGAAUGUCAUUAGUUAAUCAAAUCCUCACUGCUUUGGCAAUCUCCAGAAUUUUUUAUAUCUGUUUCUUGUUUAUAAGUUUAGUCAUCUCCUUCACAUAUCCUGAUUUAACUAGGACUUCAAUGAUGAUACAUGUCAUUAAUAAUGUUUGGGUUAUAGUCAACCAUUUCUGCAUCUGGCUUGUUACAUGCCUCAGUGUCCUUUAUUUUCUCAAGAUAUCCAAUUUUUCUAACUCUCUUUUUCUUUAUCUAAAAUGGAGAGUUGAAAAAGUAGUUUCAUUUAAACUACUGGUAUCGACAGUCCUCCUGAUUUUAAGUAUUUUACUAAUUAACUUGGAAAUUAAUAAAUGCAUAAAUGAAUACCAAAGAAACAUAUCUUGCAGCUAUCAUUCUUAUUACCAAGCAAAUUGUCAAAGGCAUGUGAUAAGCCUGCACAUUAUUUUCUUGUUUGUCCCAUUUAUUUUGUCCCUGUCAACUUUUCUCCUGCUCAUCAUCUCCCUAUGGACACAUUACAAGAAGAUGCAGCAGCAUGUUCAUGGAAGCAGAGAUGCCAGAACAAUGGCCCACUUUAAAGCCUUGCAAACCAUGAUUGCCUUUCUCCUGCUAUACUCCGUUUUUAUCCUGUCUCUGUUAUUACAAAUUUGGAAAUAUGAAUUACUGAAGAAAAAUAUUUUCAUUGUAUUUUGUCAGGUUGUAUAUACAGCUUUUCCUUCAUUCCAUUCAUAUAUUCUGAUUCUAGGUGACAUGAAGCUGAGACAGGCCUGUCUCUCUAUAUUGCGGUGGGUGAAAUUCAGGCCAAUUAUAUAGAAAUUUUAGGU